UCUAUAGGCUACCGGAGGCAGAGAAGACUGACGCUCGGGCUUUUUUCUACUGUUAUUAACCGUGACUCCGGUCACGGUCAAGCGUUUUAUUUUGUAAAAUAUAUUAAGGAGAUUGUCAAAGGGCAGUAGAAAGAAAUGAGUUAUUGCGUGGAUGUUUUGUGGCACCAAAAAAAAAUGUAGCUAGCGAACCUGAAUUGUAAAAGCAAACGCUCUCUUACCCUAACUAGCUCGCUAAUCACCAGGGUAGGGUGGCAAAGAGUUUCGUAUAUGCAGUAUUAUUUUAGUAUAUAGUUUAGAUUAGUAUAUGCAGUAUUAUUAGGCACCUUAAUGGUUUUCAUGCUGUCAUUAUGCGCCGUUUGUUAGCUAGCUAGAUAGCGUGUUGGUUAGUUAGCUGGCGGACUAGCUGAUGGACAGUUUUGCGGGCGGGCUGUGCGACUACUCGGGCGUUGCUUGGUCUUGGUAUUGGGGCGGUUAGCUGAGCUAGUGAGAAAAAUACAGCACGGAUGUCGUGGCAGGCAAGUUUGUCCCGUCGUCUCCGGGACUCUAGACGGUAGUCCGACUGCUGGUGGAAGAGUUCAUUUCAGUCUGAGUGGUAGCUAUCUAGGCUUUGUUUUCGAUUGAACGUUAAUGAGCCGUGUUGUUAAUUACACCGCCAGCUAAGCUAGCCCUAGCUGUCCUCCGCUACCAUAUCUGUGCACACCAGUGGGAUUUCUGGUAACUAAAUCAGAUGAACGUUGGCUUCGGCUGUUUUGUUCGCUAUAGUGACACUAAGUUCUUUAUUUAUUUAGUACUUAACGUUAUACCUACGUGUGUCGGUGCUGUAAGGCACAUUUUCCUAUUCACUUUUUAGUCGUAGGCCCUAACGUUAUAGCAUCCCCAUUCUCUUAUCUAGCGAGAAUAGCUAGCCUUAGUUAGCUAACUAGCUAACCAGCAAGUGAGUUUGUUUUAUAUUUAAAUGCCUGCGCGUUAUGCCUUGUUUUUAGCAUUAAUAGCCACUUAAAGUUGUAUUCCCAUCCUGCCCCAUUACUGUUGUCAAAAAGGGAACCACCUUCUUAAAACCCUUCUUCGCGUGUCUUCAAAAAAAAAGCCCCAAAAAACAAUCGGUUCUUAAAACACUGCGGUGAUGACACUGGAGUCCAUGAUGGCUUGCUGUCUGAGUGAGGAGGCUAAGGAGUCAAAACGAAUUAACGCAGAGAUCGACAAACAGCUUCGCAGAGACAAACGCGACGCCAGACGAGAGCUUAAACUACUUCUCCUGGGUACAGGUGAGAGCGGAAAGAGCACGUUCAUCAAACAGAUGCGCAUCAUCCACGGGUCGGGCUACACUGAUGAGGACCGGCGCAGCUACACCAAGCUCGUCUACCAGAACAUCUUCACCUCCAUGCAGGCCAUGAUCCGUGCCAUGGACAACCUCAAGAUCCCGUACAAGUACGAGCAGAACAAGGCCAAUGCUUUGCAGGUGAGAGAGGUGGAUGUGGAGAAGGUGUGCUCCUUUGACCAGCCCUACAUCAACGCGGUAAAGAUGCUAUGGGCUGAUCCAGGCAUCCAGGAGGCCUAUGACCGCAGGAGAGAGUACCAGCUCUCCGACUCCACCAAAUACUAUCUAAGUGAUUUGGACCGUAUCGCAGACUCGUCAUAUCUGCCAACCCAACAAGAUGUGCUUAGGGUUCGCGUCCCAACCACAGGAAUCAUUGAAUAUCCUUUCGACUUGCAAAGCAUCAUUUUCAGGAUGGUGGACGUCGGGGGCCAGAGGUCGGAGCGCAGGAAAUGGAUCCACUGCUUUGAGAACGUGACAUCCAUCAUGUUCCUGGUGGCCCUGAGCGAGUACGACCAGGUUCUGGUGGAGUCGGACAAUGAGAACCGAAUGGAAGAGAGCAAAGCCCUGUUCCGGACAAUAAUCACCUACCCCUGGUUCCAGAACUCCUCUGUCAUUCUGUUCCUCAACAAAAAAGACCUGCUGGAGGAAAAGAUCAUGUACUCUCACCUCGUGGACUACUUCCCUGAAUUUGACGGUCCGCAGAGAGAUGCUCAGGCAGGCCGCGAGUUCAUCCUGAAGAUGUUUGUGGACCUGAAUCCCGACAGUGAUAAGAUCAUCUACUCUCACUUCACCUGCGCCACAGACACGGAGAACAUCCGCUUCGUCUUCGCCGCUGUCAAAGACACCAUCCUGCAGCUCAACCUGAAAGAGUACAACCUGGUGUGAGGAGGGAUGGGUCGGGAGACGGAGGGAUACCCUCACAGCCCGUGCACAACGUGAAUUCUGCGCAUACUCUACCCCCCCCAACACACACACACUCUCACACACGCACAUACUUGUACCAUAACCAAGACGGCAGACCAACACAACCCUAUUCUUCCCAGGCACGGACGUUUCUCAUUUGUUACUCCUUGUUUUAGCUAUUGCUUUCACCCUGGCGGUAUUAUGUAGGCUCUCGUUUGCCCCGUCUGCUGAGCCCUCCGCCACCCUCCGAUUGGCUCUCCCAUCGGAGGGCCUGGGCACUUGGGCCGAGCGUGGGAAGCGCCGGGGGCAAAAGGGCGGGCGGUGGGGUGAGCUCCAGCUGAGGGGGGCCGCAGGUAAAAGUUGCGUCGGAGGAGAUGCUGACCUUGGCCAGAGCAAAUCCCUCCUCCUGAAAGGCCACGCUGUUGGCACAGGUUGGCACUGCAUGCCUCUCUAAGGCUAAACUUCACCUUUGAAUGUAACUUGGUGCGAUCUCUGGAAUUGAAUGUCUCUAAAGGCGUUUCAUGGUGAAUGGCAGAAACCAUGCGCAUUGCUUUUUGUUUUUGGUAUAUUAGGAAAAAUUGAAAGAUUAUCUUACAAUCUAGCACUACUGCUACACUCAGAAAAGCAACAGCUGUUCAUGAGCUAUGUGAAAGUAGAAUCACACCAAAUUAAGGGGUAGAUCGAGAAGUGUUGUGACAUUCCUCAUAUUCCAUGUGUAGUUUUUACUGUAAAAAUAGACAGGCCUGCAUCAUCAGUUAGAUAACUUAUGAUAACUUUUAAUGCACCGUGCAGUAGGUUUCCUUCUCAUUUGUACCAUUUUGCCAAAUUCAUAUUCAACUGUUUUGAAGUAAAUAGUUUGCUACAGAUGUUUUGCCAGUAUUGGUCGCAUAUUCGGUACUGUUGAAGGGACAACGUGAAUAUAUAUUUACUGAUGUACUCAGAAGUUUGCAAAACAAAAUUGUAUUUUAUGUAUGUUUACAUGCAUCGCUUAGAAACUGGGUCAAGAACUAUAAAUAAUCCACGUCUUAUUUUGCCACAUAGUAUCUAUUGUUUAGGUAGUGUGCUAUGGUUGUGAAACACUAUUAGUAUGCAACGUGAUGCGCUCUUAUCCUGGUCAAAUUUAACCAGUAAAAUUCAUUUCUGAAAGCUGCAUUUGUACAAAGGAGGUUAAGAGCAACAAUCUGAAGUCAGUUGUAACAGCCACGUCGUCCCUAACUUUCAAAGUGUUGAAACUGCUGUUUCGAUGCUGAGCUUUCCUUUGGCUAACAUGGUACAUGAGAGUGCUGUACAAAGUGAAAUCAAUAUUUUUUAUUUAUGUAACUUAUGGACCAGAUAUAUAAUAAUAAUAAUAAUGGGACUAGUUCACCCCUGUGAGUCUAAUGAAGGGGAGGAGUCUACACUGCUGUACAGAUCUAUUGGCUUGCAGUAGUUCAUACAUGGUUGUUGCAGUUCAAUUCAUGCUAAGAGGUUUUGUUGUUGUUGUUUAUGCAAAUAGGAAAUUUGAGGGUUCAUCAAUGGUUAUUAAUUGGUCUAUGCUUGCGUUUUGUAAUAGAAGGAAGUAUUGAUCUGAGUACCAUAUGUUUCCUGGUAGCUCUUGGAACUUCAUAGCUGAUGAGUAGAUGUUUUUUGGGGGUUUUUUUGUUUUUUUUUCUGUCUUUGCUAUGUAAUUCAGAUGAGUUUUCAUACUUUCAUUACAAGGGCUAACUAAGGGUAAAGUUGAUGGAAGGAAAGGACUUCACUGAGACUACUGACCAAUAGGUGCAAUGAAAUGAGUAUCUGAAUCAGGGUGAUGGUGUGUUGGGGUUUGGGUGGAGCUAUUAUUGUCAGCGCAGGCUCAGUUUUCAAGGUGUCCCAGGGAUACAACUUUCAAACCGUAUGUUCAGUUUAGCUUAAACAGACCACCAUAUGAAACCUGUAGUAACUGGGCUUCAGGUGAAAACGAUUAAAGAAUCCAAACUCCCAUUUGCUAAUGUAUACUGUAUUCUUGCGGUUGAAAUGUGGAGUCAUGGUUAAUAUAGUUGUAUAGAAAUUAUGUGGAACUAUUAAGUAUGUUUUAGGCAAACGGGGGAACAACGUACAUCAUUCCUAAUAAUUUUCACAAGCAUCGCAUACAUUUUAUGCAGUUAUUGGUUGGGUGCAAUAACAGAGGCCUGUCGAUAACGGAGCCCUGUCUGAUAAUACAGGUUUGUGCUCUGGCCCAGUUAUUAAAAGCACUUACUUUUCCUUUGUGGUCAUGCCCAACAUGGAUAUAGAUUUAUUGCAUAUUUGCAAUGGUAAGGAAUUAUGUCCCAUUUACUGAUGGCAGAACUUCUUGUGUUUAAUAACAGUGAUCAGUGUGUUUCUUUGAUCUUUUGGUGCUUGUCCUUGUCAGGGCAAAGGAUCCAGAUAGGGUGGCGCAGCCUGAGAAUAGCAUUAAUCUAUGCUGUCAACUGCACGUACAAGUAAUUAGGAUCUUAGUGCCACAAAAAUCACUUAAAUGAGAAUAAUUUAUGAUCUUUCUUGUAUUUGGGUGUAUUGGAGGUUUUAUUGGGGGGGUGGUCACUGUUUGCACUGUAUGUGGUUAUCUUUCAUAUAUCUUAGUAUUAUAGACUCUAGGCCCUGUACAGAAGUAUUGACGGUUUUUUGACAGCAGCAGUUGUGAUUAUCAUGUGCUCUCUCUAAUGAGGUCAUAUCCUAGGUGAAGAAUUCAGGGGCUGGGCCAGUAAAACCGCCACAGGUUUUCUUUCUGGGUUUUUUGUUUGUUUUUGUUUUGUUUGUUGUUUUUUUUUCCCUUCUUUUUAUCUUUUCUUUCAUCUUUCUUAACAGAAACAUCAAAUCACAAUUGGCAAUGUGUACUUGUUUCUAUCAAUACAAACACUAAGAUUUGACUGAAGUUUCUGCAAGCAACAUACUCUAUACAUCUUAUGAUUUCCCACUAACAGCAACAAUAUCGCAAAACACUACCGGAGUGCAAUGUUCAUGCAGCUCAUAUUUAAAACUAAAUAUGUGCUGUGAAAAAGCUUUAUUCAUUCAUGUGCUUUCCAGUGACUGGGUGUCCGCGGCCAGGAGAGAAGUUUAUCCAGCUUCGCGAGUUCAUGGGUCUGUUUUUGUUCUCCCUGAGUCAGUGCACUGAGGCUGCUUUAGCAAUAGUGGCUGAGUUCCUGCAACUUCUCUGUUUGUUCAAGCAUGUUCCAGGUACUCUGAGGUGUGAACACUAAUUAAUUGAAAUUAUACUUUUUCUUGACAUCCGCACUGAUGUGGCGGAUGCUAAAAAUAUGAAACUAACUUUUCCCCCCCGUAAAUCUGAUAUCCUUAAUUUACCUGAACACUUGUAUGUAGGAUCACUUAAUAUAAAUGAUAUUUUUGGUUGCUUCUUUUUUUUUAAUAACAGUUGAGAACUUUGUAGUGGUGUAUAAAAUCAAAGUAAUGUAUUAUUUGUUUUUGCGUUUUUAAGCAUACCAAUUGUAUAUUGUUGUACUAUAAAGUGUGCCAAUCCCCUUUCUUUGUAGAGCCAGACUCAUUAACAAGUGCCAAGAUUGUGUAAAAUCAUAAAAAGGACAUAGGUCUGUGUAUUUUAUCGUCCUGUUUUUAAAACAAACACCAAGUAUGCGAUUGUUAGAAAAGGACAAUUCUUUGUUCUUUAUUUAAGGUUAAGAUGAUAAACUGCUGUUUUUAAAUGGAAUUACAUCAUACAUGCAUGUAUUUGUUUUUGCUGGGGAGGUCUGGGUGAGUGAGAACCUUCGUUAAUGAGGAAGUCUUUCAAAAAAGGGGGGCCUAAUUGUUUAUCAUUUACAGUAUUUUUUAGCCAUAUUUCUCUUGUAUGUUUCAUUUCAACCACUGUUGCCUGAAACUCAUUGACAUGAAAACGAUUUUCAUAGCCGUCUCCUUGAAACAAAAUUUGUCCGUUUUAAAUUGGAAUAAACUUUGUUCCUAUA